AUGUCUCUCCAUUCGAUUAAUUUACCUGACGAGGCGGCCUUCUCUGACUUCAAAAAUCAGUGUUUAUCAGAGGAGAAUUGGGUGAACAAGUAUAACAAUAAUGGGAUGCAAGUGUGUGUCGAAGUUUCUCCUGCAACUAAAGGAAAUAAUGGUCAUAAAAUCCACAAAAUCAAGUGCAAAAUUACAAUCAAGGAUGUCUCUGCUGCAACCAUGUAUGAUGUCCUUCAUGACAGCCAGUACCGUAAGAAGUGGGAUCCAACCAUGCUGGAGAGUUUUGACAUUGCCCGCCUCUCUGCUAACGCUGAUGUGGGCUACUACUCAUGGCUUUGUCCAAACCCAAUAAAGAACAGAGACGUUGUGACACUGCGUUCGUGGCAGGUGAAGGAUGACGAGUACAUUAUCGUUAACUUCUCAGUCAAACACCCGAAAUACCCGCCUCGCAGCGACCUUGUGAGAGCCAUUUCCAUCCUCACUGGCUAUUACAUCAAGCCCACAGGACCAAAUAGCUGUACUUUUGUAUACCUUUCACAAGCUGACCCCAAAGGGUCUCUUCCGAAGUGGGUGGUAAACAAAGCAUCUCAAGUUCUCGCUCCACGGGUUUUGAAGAGUGUACACAAGGCGGGACAAAAUUACCUAGAGUGGAAACAGCAGAACUCUCCUGACCAGAAGCCAUGGCUGUUCCCAGAGCAGAGCACCCUGCCCAUGAUGGACCCCGCCGAACUGGUAUUACAGAGAGCAGACUCACUAGAAAACGUGGAUGAGAGCUCCAAAAGGGAUGCACAGGAAAGUGAGGACAGCAGUUAA